AUGGUCACAUCGCGGUUGCCGACAUUGUCAAUCCAACAUAUUGAAUGUUCUUCUGGUCACUGCGAUCGCUAUAGCAGCACAGGAAACACAACAGGCGUCACCAUGGGAGCCGGCUACCAACACCCACCAGCAUGGGACAGCGGCCAUCUACCAGUCGGCGAAGUUCACAGGCUCUACUACGAACAAUACGGCCAACAUGAUGGCAAACCAGUAAUCUUUCUACACGGCGGUCCAGGCGGAAGUACUGCACCAGACAACGCCGCUUUCUUCGAUCCUGAUAUUUAUCGAGUCGUGCUUUUUGACCAGCGCGGCUGCGGCAAAUCAACUCCCCAUGCCGAGCUGCGGGAGAACACGACCUGGCACCUCGUCGCCGACAUUGAAGCCCUCAAAGCUCAUCUUGGCAUCACCAAGUGGCACGUAGUCUUCGGUGGUUCUUGGGGCAGUACACUGGCUCUCGCAUACUCACAGACUCACCCUACCAGUUGCGGCUCGCUCGUCCUGCGUGGAAUCUUCGCGAUGCGGAAAGUCGAGACAGAUUUCAUGUUCGAAGAUAAGGGCGUUGCGAUGAUCUACCCAGAGUUGUGGGAUAGGUUUGUCAGUCAUCUGAAGCCAGAGGCGAGGAGCGAUCCGAGAGACGCGUACUUGAGAUUGAUGACGGCUGAUGAUCCUGCCGUGAGUUUGCCAGCGGCCAAGUUAUGGAAUACACUGGAGAUGAGUGUCAGUAGGGUCGAGCCUGCUGCUGAAGAUGUUGAUAAGGUUGAAAAUGAUGCGUGGGGUAUUGCUCAUGCGAGGUUGGAGGCGCACUACUUCGUCAAUGGGGGUUUCAUGCAGGAUGGCGAUCUGUUGAAGGAGGAGAACGUGGAGAAGAUUAGGCACAUUCCAUGCAGCAUCGUGCAGGGCCGUCUUGACCUGGUGUGUCCGGCGAGGACGGCUUGGGAGCUGCACCAGCUUUUGCCGCAAUCAAAGCUGUACAUGAUACCUGUUGCUGGUCAUAGUGCGAAGGAGCCGGGCACUUAUUCGAAGUUGAUUGAGGUGUGCGACGCGUAUGCGAAGGAUGACUUUUGA